CAACAUGCUGGGAUUAAGGCUUCUGCCAUCUAUGUAAAAAGAAAGUAAUUUUGCAUUUAACUAAUUGGAUAUACAGAGCAUGCUUAGAUGUUGGUAGAGUUCAGUUUAGAUGACCAGAAAAAUGCGCUGCAGUCUACUUGCCGUAUUUUAUCAUGUACCUAAGUAAGGCUGAAGUCUGCGAUUCAAGGUUCCCAGGCAAGCUGCAGCUUCACACACUACAUACUAGUGUUGGAGAAUUCAGAUUUUUUUUGUUACACGUGCGUCACUUGUACUGUGCACAUUUGCAAUGACUCCCAAUACCUCAAGUGAUUGAUUUAACUUAACAUCCACUAUGAAGAAAGGGAAUGAUCCUAAUAAGGGUCAGCUACCAGAAGUCGCUGCCAGAAAGCCUGGGGGUCCGGGGUCUUUUUUGCAGGUGUCUGGGUUGGGAAAAGGCCCGAUGGGAUCCACUGAUAAAUCUAAGAAAAAUGAUCAGCAUGUCAAACCCAUACAGCAGAGGAAGAAUGUACAGCUACAAAGAUCUACUAAUGGGUUACCAUCCAAACAUGCAGUGCUACCUGCCAUAAAUAAGCUGAGUGUUAAAGAGAAAGUGUUGCGUGGAACACUGGAAGAUCUCCCUCCUCUUCCUUCCACAGUUGUCAGAGUCUUUCUCAGCUCCACUUUCUCAGAUAUGAGAGCAGAGAGAGAUGAACUGGCCAAGACAGGCUAUCCCAGGCUGAAGGCUGCCUGCAGAGACCUUGGGCUGGACUUUCAGAUAGUGGACAUGAGAUGGGGAGUGACCGAUGAUGCCACAAAUGACCACUCCACGGAGAAGUUGUGUAUCAGCGAGAUCAGAAAUUGCCAGAUGUUGUCGUUUGGGCCUAACUUUGUGAGUUUCCUUGGAGAUCGCUAUGGUUACCGACCAUUUCCACUGGAGCUAGACAUUGAGGAGUUUGAAGCAAUUAAAAACUUCCUUCCUUUCUCAGAAGAUGAAGAAUUGCUACAGCAGUGGUACAGGAGAGACGACAACAAUGCCCCACCUAUGUACACAUUACAACCAAUCAGAACAAACCUGCCACAUUUUGGUGACCCUCGCCCAGAGAUGGCAGCACAGUCUAGUCAAGACAAGGCAGAGUGGUGGAGAAUAUUUAGAAAACUUCAGCUGAUAUUGAGAGAGACUGCAACGGUACUAGCAGAUAGAGGGAGAAUCAGCAGGGAGAGGGAGCACCAGUAUUUUAUGUCAGUGACUGAAGAAGAAAUCACGACUGGCAUAUUCCAAGCCAAGGAUAUUGACACCCAUUGCCUGUGUUACAUACGUGAACUGGUCGGAAUCCAAGAUGAUCUAGACGGUGACAUGACACAGCGCCACCUGGAUUUAGUGGAGGAGGAAGAUGACACAAAGGUGAUAGAUGCUUGUGCUGCAAAAUACAGAACCAUGCUGCAUGACAAGGUGUCUACUUAUCUUAGCAGUAUUAAGAAGUUUCAAGUGCAAUGGGAAUCAGGAGGAAUAAAUCCUAUAAAAGACAAACAAUAUUUGGAAAGUUUCUGUGAUAACUUUGUGUCAGACAUGAUGUCUCUUGUACAGAAAGCAUACGAUGAUUCCGAUCACAAAUUGUUCAGAAGUCUUAAGGAAGGAUCCAGUAGAAAGCAGAGAGCUGAGGUUUACAGAGAGGUUCUCCAUCAUCUUCACUUUGCACAAACAAAAUGUGAACUGUUUUGUGGACAAGAUGAGAUCCUUUCACAAAUCAAGAUGGCGCUCCUGGACAAGAAGCACCGGAGACCAGUUGUGCUUCAUGCCCCAUCUGGUGUUGGGAAAACCUCUGUGGUUGCCAAGGUGAUGGAGCAGUUGCCAAAUUGGUUUGAUGGCGGCUGUAUCCGGGUGUUGAGGUUCCUGGGGACAUCUCCUGAUAGUACUAACAUACUGAGUGUGCUGCUGGGAAUCUGUUGGCAGCUGGCCAAGGCCUGCAAGGUCAUCAUGCCUCCAGGCAUGCUCAGGAGAAAUAAGGUCACACAGAACUUGCAGUGGGUUCUCAGAACAGUGGCCAGGUCCUCUCCUGUCCCUAUAAUAAUACUCCUGGACUCUGUUGACCAGCUAUCUCCAGCCAGUGGUGGACACAGCAUGAAAUGGGUGCCCAAAGAACUGCCCAGUAAUAUUUGCAUGGUCAUCUCCACCUUGACCACAGAUGAGAAUGAAUGUCGUAAAAAUUUGGUUAAGGAGUUGCAGAUUGAUUGCGAGAAUGGGAAUGAGACAGAUUUGCCGGCGGCUGCAGGAUAUUUUGAGCUGAGAGCCCUUCCUGUCGUGACAGCGCAAGACAUCAUGAAGGCCUAUUUCAAGAAACAAAAGAGGGCACUCACAGAUGAACAACAGACGAUGUUUUUAGAAGUUUUCGAAAAGAGUCCGAGCCCUUUGUUUCUGAAAUUGCUCCUAGAUCAGGCCAAAACAUGGCGGUCCUACACAGAGGUUGAUAAGGAAAGUCUGGCCACAACAGUGCGAGACGCCAUUUUGCAACUUUUUAUUGGAUUGGAGAAUAAGUAUGGGGAGCUUCUUAUCCAGAAAGCAUUGGGGUACAUUACAGUUGGACUGAAUGGUUUGACGGAGAUAGAAAUCGAGGACGCUCUCUCAUGUACGGACGACGUUCUGAGUAAGGUGUAUGUUUACCAUGAUCCUCCUGUGGAAGGAAUCAUACGUAUUCCGCCAUUGCUCUGGGCACGUGUGUACCAUGAUAUCAAGGAAUAUUUGGUACAACGCCAAGGUCAUGGUAAGAUUACCCUGAAUUGGUAUCAUCGACAGUUUAUAGAGGCAGCAACAGAAAGGUACACCAAGGGGGAAAAUGCAGCCCAACUACACAGCACUUUGGUAACCAUGUUCUCCGCUGAGGACAGUAUAUGUCGCACCAUCACCCUCGAGCAGAGAAAUAACAAGGUCAUCCAAGAUGCAGACAGACAGAUUACAUUGCAGCAGACAACACCAAAUAACAGGCGUAAACUGAUGUGCCUGCCAUAUCAUUUGGUUAAGUCCAAAAACAUUGACAAACUCAAGUCAGAAGUCCUCUUCAACAUUGACUUCCUUGUAUCCAAGAUGGCCGCUUUCUCUCUCCAAGACGUGCUGGAGGACAUAAGAGACGGGUUGGACAUGGACAGUGAAGAUGAAGAGAUACUGCAGUUACAUAAAUGUCUACUUCACAUGGACAGCUGUGAUAACGUUGGUGGCAGAUCCUCGUUGAAAUUACCUGUAUAUAUACUAGGUUGUCUGCCUGCAUCUCCAGACCAUCCCAGAAUACUAUCCCUUCAGCAGCAGUCCAGAGAGUACCUGUCCCACUGUCUCAGUCCCGUCCUGGAGCCCCUCAUCCCAUGUUUGAUGUACUCUUCUGGAGAGGAAAACAGUAGCUCUACUACACUACCUCAGAUAUCUGGGGACCAGAGUGCUCCUUUCCCUACCACAGGAGUGCUUGACAUUGACUUCAGCUCAACUGGUGACAAGAUGGCGCUGAUCUACAAGAAGAGCCAGUCUGAGUCCUGUGUAGAGGAAGAGGAGAGGAAGGAAGGGAGAGCUCAGCUUGAAGUUGUCCUCAUCAGUCUCGUUGAUAUGAGCGUUGAUGAGACUUUGAACCCUGGUGAAGAAUUAAUGAUGGAGGAGGGAGCUAAUAACAGAGUACAGGUACUAUUCUCUGAGUCCCCAGAGUCCCCAGACAGCAGGUGUUUGCUGGUGUGUGUUGAGGGAAGUUCAGUCUCAGCAAAAUACACAUUACAGGACACAGGAAAUAUUGCAGAGAGUGGCCAGCUAUCUCACCAGUUCCCUGUGGAUCUUCUGACCCACUCCAGUGCACCUCUGAUGGAGUGCAUUCUGACCAGAGACAGCAGCAAGGCAGUGUUUGUAUUGGGUCACAGGGAACAGGGAGCCACUUUGAUAGAGGUAUAUGACAUCCACCAAGCCUCUGUGCUGACUGUCAUUCCCCUGCAGCAACCUGUCCAGUACCACCAGGCCAAACUGACCUUGACAGACAAUUAUAUUGGCUUCCAGAUACACAUCACACCAGAUGAGCUUUUUGCCUUGCGUAAGAAAGAAGGCAGCUAUAAUAAACAAAAAGACGCAAAUUAUAAGUUUUGGGCAGUGGACUUAAGGACAGUUACGGGCAAAGUCAUUGAGUGCAACAGGAUCCUGACGCCUCUGCCAAUGAGAGGGAAUUGUUUUGCUGCUUUACCAGCAAAGACAGAGCAGGGACAUGGGGAGAGAUUUGGUAUUGGUAUCCAGCGUCAGGUGGUGGUGUGGAGAAAAAUUGAGAAAGAUAAGUGUGACAUUGAAACCGUCACUGGAAAGAAAGAAAACGGGAUGUUUUACAGAGGAACUGCUGUCACAGAUGACCCAAAACAGACAACAGGCGGAGGUAGAACCACAGCACUGGAGCCCUCACUAGAUGGCAGUGUGGUAGUCAGUGGGUCAGAUGAUGGAUAUGUCAUCGCAUUUGAUGGCCCUCUAGGUAGAUCUAUCAACAAUCGCAAAACAUCUCCUUCAACAAGACAUGCUAGAGAGGUCAGUCAGUUAGCUGUCUCCAGCAAAGGUCAUUGGAUAGCCUCCUGGUGUCAAACUGACCAUUCUCUGCGGCUGUGGCAGACAUUCGCCACCGAUGAAGCCUGGAAUUCUGGAGAAGCCAUUUUUGGUCUACCCCUUUCAGAACUCUCUGUGAAAAAGAUGUCUUUUUCAAGAAAUGAACGCCAUCUUGGAGUAAUUGCUGUAAAGGGGGAAGCUGAGGAGAAACGGCAGCUGUUACUCUUUAGACUUGGAAAAGUUUGUGAGGGUUAGAUUUGUUUUUAUGCAAACACCAUUUUGGGAUGACUUGAAGAUGGAAAAUUGAAAAUCAAGGCAGCCUUUAAUUUAAACACUUUUUUGAGUUAAGACUUAUUUCAAUUUAAUAUAAUGAUCACAGUUUUUAUUCAUUUUAUUAUUAUUAUUAUUAUUUAUAUGAAUAUAUAUAUUUUUGGACGAAAUUUAUCUUGAAGCAGACAACUUCAAUUUAUGCAUUAAAAAAUUUAUUAGCUUAACUGGUAAAAAUUUUUUGUAUGCCAAAUUAUCUAGGCCCUUCUUAUACUUAUUAUAUAUGUAAAAUUUUUAAAGAUAUCAGACAGUUAUAACUUUUACAAUUAUUUCACAAUACCCACAUGGAACUCUCUCAGAUCAGCAACUUAUCGGCCUAUUUUUACAUUUGUUUGUAUAUUUAGAAAACAUUUACAAAUUGAAAACCAUCUUGAGGUAAUCGAUACAGGUUGAUAUGAAGGAUAUCAGGGGUUUUCCUUUUUAUUUAACACAUUUAUUUAUAAAUUUCACAUUAGGAUUGGAACUUGUUAAUUGUCAUCCUGCUGGGAGGAAAUCUAAUUAAAUAGACAUUUUAAAAAUGAUCAUAAUUUCAUCUUAAUUUGAGGUUCUUAAGUUGUAUUUUUUGAUAGGAUUAAGCUUCCUAUAAUGUAUGCUGUUAUAUUCAUUUUAUUGUAUCAUCAUAUACAAGCACAAAGUAUUUUGUAAUUAUUUUAAAAGUCACGUCGUAAGGCGUGUCAAAUUUAGUAAAUAUUGAUGUGUUUUUUAAAACUACAACUGCCUUUGCUUUUGAUAGCAGAGAGCUAAUUUAUCACGUUUUUACAGAGAUAAUUAUUUUGAUAUUUGUUGAUUUAGUAAAGUAUACAUUUUUUUAAUGAUAAUUUUAU